UUGCGCAUGUGGAUACAUUUUAAUACGAUUACAUAAAGUUGGUGCGUGGCCAAUGACUGACCUAGUUUUUCUUGCUGCCUGCUGGUAAUUUGACUCGGGUAGGGAUUCUAGGGAAGCCGAAUGCUGCAGCGACCCGAAUGUUGUGUCACGCUGCCAGCUGAGCAAGAGAGAACCGAAGAGCGAUGAGGACGUCGAAGAAAUAGCGGAAUGCAGCAAAGGCCGAAAGACAGACGGUGAUCUCUCCUUCUUUACGAUGAAACGCYUGUAAGCUAAAUUAAAUUUGGAAUGGUUCGMGAUUCAGAGCAGAAUACCAAAUUGCCUUUCAUUACCACUAUCAGGAGAUUGCCAGGAUAUUGAGCAUAAAGAUGCGAGUGGCAUGACAAACUCUUAUCUGGUGAAGGCGACCGUCAGGAAGAAGAAAAAAUGCAUCGGGCAAGUAGCUACGCUUUAAGCUUCUUUCUACUGGCUGUUAUUAGCCUCCACGCCCCUGCGGCCUUAUCGGCGGUUUCAGAUGGAAACAGCACGGAAAACGGUACGGUGKCAGAUGGUGGAUUUGUCCCCCUCGUGUUCUCGAAAGUAAACCAGAUUAUCGCCCGUGAGGGCAACUGCGCGCUGAUUGAUUGCAACGUCACUGGAGACCCUGACCCGAAUGUACAGUGGUUCAACUCGCAUGGAGACCUGCUAGACACUGAGACAAGUGGCAAGUGGCUGCUGACAGACGAUGGCAUCCUCAACAUCACCGACAUCAGGUUCGCCGACCGGGGCAAGUACACGUGCAUGGCGUCCAACGUGCACGGCAGCGCCAACUGCACGGUGACMAUGCGGGUGGUCCUGCACAACGGGGACCUGGGGGCCUACUAYGUGGUCGUGUGCCUCGUCACCUUYACCAUCAUMAUGAUCCUCAACAUCACGCGCCUCUGCAUGAUGAGCAGCCACCUGAAGAAGACCGAGAAGGCCAUUAACGACUUCUUCCGCACAGAAGGCGCCGAGAAGCUCCAGAAGGCGUUUGAGAUCGCCAAGCGCAUCCCCAUCAUCACGUCAGCCAAGACCCUGGAGCUGGCCAAGGUGACCCAGUUCAAAACCAUGGAGUUUGCCCGUUACAUCGAGGAGCUGGCCCGCAGCAUCCCACUGCCCCCCCUCAUCAUGAACUGCCGCACUUUCAUGGAGGAUAUCCUGGAGGUGGUGGGGGUUGAGGAGAUGAGGCACACGUUCCUCCGACAGGCCCCAGAGGGGCACCACCUGGAUGGGGCAUCGGGAUGCCGGGCGGCCCUGGUCGGGGUGGGGCCCGGCGACGUCUUCACCGUCCUCCGGGAGAGGGAGCGUUCCGGAUCMCCCGCAGCGGAUUCCGACGACGCGUCGUUGCACGAGCAGCCUCAGCACAUCGCCAUCCAGGUGUCCAUUCACCCCCCGCUGCCCAUGGAGGCCCCGGCUCUGGCUGAGGCCACGCCCACUCCCWUGUCUCCUCCGCCGUUGGCUCCCCUUCACCUGGAGGAGGAGGAGCAGCAGCAAGAGGAGCAGGGUUCCGAGCAGGAGCCAGUGGAGGAGGUGGGGUUGGAGGUGGAGCCAGAGGUUACUACUAAGCUACAGCCUGGUCAGGUGAUCUAUGAAAGCCAUGUGUAA